CAGGGAUCGUGUUAAGAUAUGUCAGAAUCAGAUUUAUUAGCUACUGACCAGAUUGAUGGGCUUGAUGGACUUGAAAAUGGUCAGGACGGGGAUUCUGUUAUGCAAUGUGACAGUGUUAAACGAGAAUUCAGUGAAGCCAACAUUGAUGACCCGGAACUGGAGGCUAUUAAGGCACGAGUAAGAGAAAUGGAAGAAGAAGCUGAAAAAUUGAAGCAACUGCAAUCUGAAGUUGAUAAACAAAUGAACAUGGGUAGUCCUCCGGGUAUCACUAGUCCGUUGAAUAUGUCUAUCGAAGAUAAGAUGGAAGUUGAUAGCAGAUCUAUUUACGUCGGCAAUGUGGAUUAUGGAGCAACUGCAGAAGAAUUGGAGCAACAUUUCCAUGGAUGUGGCAGUGUUAACAGAGUGACGAUAUUAUGCAACAAAUUUGAUGGACAUCCUAAAGGGUUUGCUUACAUAGAGUUUGCUGAUCGAGAUUCUGUACAAACGGCGAUGGCUAUGGAUGAAUCUAUGUUCCGAGGUCGACAGAUCAAAGUGAUGCUUAAACGGACAAACAGGCCAGGAAUGUCAAUGACAAAUAGGGGUCCUAGGGGCGCACGAGGCUAUAGAGGUAUGGCACGAGUUAGCCGAGGCAGUGCAUACUUUGGCUACAGACCUACAAGACGACCAAGGAGUUAUCGACGUGGUUACUAUAUGCCGUACUGACCAUUCUAUAAUUCCAUGCCACCUAUUCAGAUUACUUUCAAGGGUUCACCUUCUUUUAGCUUGUACUACAAUUUUUACUCCCCACUGCAUAUGGGUACAAAAGAAGUUAAAAAUGAUGAUGACAAUAGUAAUGAUCACACAUAUAAAUACUUCCUUUUUGCCUAAAUUUUUAUUACAAUCUACUUCACUAGGCCAUAUGGUAUUGAUAUUUAUAUCCAACUUUAUAUACAGGGUGUUCGCCUCAAUUAGCACCAUUACUUUAUUAGUGCUUUUUUGACCCACGUAAAAAUUAUGGUGUUGAUUAAAUAUAUCGGAUGUUAUAACUAAUGUAUAAGUGUCCAGACGUCGAGUGCGAGUAUAGUUUCUUCAACUCGUAGUUAAAUCUUUUGUCAUCAGAAGCUAGAAUGUCACAUUCUUUAUAUUAAUAGGUUUCUUUGCUCACGAGUUUUUGUUCCUUCAGAUAAACUGUUAUCUGUCAAUUUAUAUGUUGCAUCAUUUUUAUGAUAAUAACAAAGCGUGUCUUGCAUUUUCAUUUCUAAUUAUAAAGUAUAAUAAUAAUAAUGAUUGGUAUUAUACGGAAAAUCUAAAUGACCUGAUUUGACCACACGGGUAAUAAAUACUAGUUUGCUCAGGAGCGAGUCUUGGAUAGCAUAGAGAAUGAACAAUGAACAUAGUGGAAUAUAACAGAUUAUGUAGAAAACAGUUAUCAUUAUCAUUCCGAAUUUAAUUCUCAUUAGAUUUGUUAGUAACGAAGAUUUUGCUGCAAAGUGGAACUCACAAUCAGUUCAGGGAUUUACUGCUAACCAGACUAGUAACUAUUACUGAUCUCUUUCCUUCGUGUAACCUAAAUAGCAUUGCAAGACUUUCUUGAUUUAAAAUAAUUUCUUGAUCACUGUAGCAUUUUUCAUGUAAGUGGCCUAAUCAGUUUUAUCUUAAUAAUGAUAAAAGACAAUCAUUCAUAUCUUUUCUAACUUGCAGAUUAUUACUGUAAUUUCAUUUAUUUAACCAACACUGUAUUUUCAAUUGCAUAAUGAACCAAUGUAGUUUUGGUGACCACCCUGUAGAACAGUUUACAUCCACGAGCACUAGGAUAUAAAAACGAGAGCUUCGACAUUGACACAUUCAUUUCAAUAGUGUUAAUAUUUUUUAUUUUUAUCAUUUCGAAAUAUUGAAUGUGUACGUUAAUAUAAUUGUAUAUUACGAUAAUUUUUCAAGUAUUAUGUGUAAAAUCGUGCUGCAACAAAAAGAUAAACGUUCGAGACUUUAUUAACAUUGUAGGCCAUAUGAGGUAUUUCGAAAACUUACUAAUAUCACAGUAUGAUAAUACAUUUAAAAUUAUGAUUCUCAAAAUUUAAAGAAAUUACUCGACUUUCUAAAUUUUAAUAUUAAAAUAUUUUUUUUUUUACGAUUUAUACAUUUUUGUGUUCGAGAUGUACUUAAAACAUAAUAGAAUUCUUUUUUAUGUAUGGUCUUUUAAUAUAUGAAUUGAUUGGCAGUUGCUGCAGUUAAAAUCAUAUGAUGCUUCCUUAAUUGAAAGAAGUAUUUAAUAUGACAAUCAGUGUAUGAUUUUAUGUUGCACGAGAAGCUUGGACGCUGAUUCUUAAACAAUACACAUGAUUUCGAAAUUUAUUUUUUUUCAUCUUUAUAUUUUUACACUUUGUUAUUGUAAAAUUAUAAAUUAAUGUUUCAUAGGCACUUCAAGGAUUAAGUAAAAACGUUGAUAAUAUAAAUGAAUUUAAAAUUAAUAGUCCAUAUUGAUCUGCAUUGAAAUUCAUUGGAAUAUUUAUUACUUUGCUAGUUAUCACAUUGUAAUCCAACAAAGUCUAAAAUUAUAUAAUUUAUUACGCUGGCAUAGCAUUUCAUAAUAUUUGUACUUGAUUUAGAAAUAGAAAAUAUAAAAAGGUUUUUUUUUUUAUAAAUAAGUUAUUAGUAUUAGUUGAAUACUGAUUUCCAGUGAUAAUAAUAUUACGCUUCUUUUAUUAUGAACAAAGCUAGUAAAUGAACCUUUCUUUAUUAAACAUUCAUUUGACUGACUACUGAAUUUAAAAACGUGUCUUAAGCAUCUCGGACUACUUAUAGUUUAACUUACCUUACUCACACAAAUACGUAUAUUUGAUAUGCAGAAUAUAUGGCCUCGUGAGUAAUCAUUUAUUUGUAUUAAUAAUAGUAAUAAUCAUAAUAUGUUUAUAAUUUAUGUACGAUAAUGCAACGAAGCACAAAACUAUGGGUUUCAAUAUAGACAGUGAUUCGCUGUAAUGAAAGCUUUUCUUCUGUCUUAUUUUAAGGACGAUGGUAACCUUUGAAGGUCUAAAAAAAACAAGCUAAAAUUUUAGAAUUUUGUUUCAAAAAAAUUAUAUUAGGUACUGAUAUGAAACAUUGUAUGAAUUAUUAGUCUGGCUUUUAAAUACAUGAAAACUUUUUUUUUAUUGAUACAUUUUUGGCUCGUGCUGGUCGUGUCUUUUUCACGAUACCGAUCUAUGGAGUCAGCAUCGCUCUUAUAGAUUCCUCUGAAAUCAAAAUAACGAACGAAUUCUUAAUCUUGCAUGACUGUCGUUAUGGAAUGAAUCUAAAUAAAAUCUUGUUGGCGAAUAUUAACCUUUUUUUUCUGCACCGAAAUAAGGCAAAAAAUUUGAGUUAAAAUUAAACUUUUAUUUUAAUGCACCUGCUAUUUUGCGAAUUUUGAAAAUUUUUAGUUUGCAAUAGGUUUAUUCCACAAAGUCAAUCAUGUGGAUUAAACGUUUGCUUCGUCAUUUUGGUUUUAGACGAAUUUGAGACGAAAUUCUGCACUACGCGGAGCGGUAUAGUGAAAGAAACAUUCACCCCUUUUGUGCGGCCUAUAAAAAAGCCAAAAAUAUAUUUAAAGAAAUCUUUUUAUAUACAAAAAAGACAGAUUACAAAAUCCUACAAAGUUAUAUUUCGAUAUCUAAUACAAUUUUUCUCAAAAAAAUUAAAAAAUGCAGCUUUUUUACCCGAUUAAAGGUUACCAUAUCCCUUAACAUCAAAUGUUCUAUGUUUACAAUUUAGAGAAAUUUCAUUUCUAGUUUAUAUUUGCGAUUUUUAUGAAAUUUUGUCCCAUGAUAAUGUACAAGGUGUUUAAUUUAAUUUAACCACGAGCAAUAUCUCCGUAAUACGAAGACCAGUAGUAAAUUGAUUUCUGUCAAGGCCAUGACUUUUCAGAUUUCAAGGUCAUUGACUGUUUUUUUUUUCUUUUUUGAAUAGGACGAUAUAUUUUUAUUAACACACUGUUGUAGCCAUACAAAAAAUUUCAAGGACACGUGCCAUAUUAACCUUCAGGUGACUUUAAAAAAAAAAAAAAUUUAUUAGGAAAGAACUAAAAAAUUCUUAAUUCAUGUUUUGAUACAAGAUAUUUAUCUUAGGGUUUUGAAAUUAUAGCGAGCCGGCGGAAACCUUAACAAAUCGAUAUAGGAAAAAGUGUUUCAUGUUAAAGGAGGGAAUAUUACCCCUAUAUAUUAGUCGUUACCUUUGGGACGUUAUAAUAUAUUUCGGCUCUCCAAAAAUUAAUGAGAUUUAAGUUCGUCUAUUUUGUUGUGGGACAUUGUUUAUGGAUUUUGCUAUUUUUCAUCAGGCUAGGAUUUUAAGAUGAAAGAUUCAAUAUUCAACCUAUUGACAAUGUUUAUUGAUUAUACUUUUAUGAGCCAAGUGAGGUUCACAGAUGUUAAUACGUUUCACGAUUGACAAAAUAUAUAUAUAUUUUUUCGUUUUGGUAAACUUGUUAAUGUUGCAACGUGACUGUGAUGAAGACCAAAGGGCUGGUCUAAAAGUAUCAAUAUCUAACAAAAUUAAUAAACAUAACGUAGAACGGAGAUAUUUUAGAUAUCUAAAUUAGGUGACACACCGUGUAUAUUUCUCGAAAUACGACAAAAUUUAUAAGAACAAAAUAUGACAACUUUUUCAGAUUCAAAAGAAUUUAUUUGCCUUUACUACUUUUGUUUUCAUGAUUUGAUUAUCUAUUUUAUAUCUCAUAUCAUCUUUUAACUUCAUUCCUAUUUUGGAAAUUAACUACAGGAUUUUUAGAGCUGUUUAAAAUUUUUCAAUCUUAUCCAGUUUAGCCUAAUUAAGUAUUUCUAAUUUUUUAAAUUACAUGUACGUUUAAAGACAGAAGCGAACGUCUUACUUACGUGCUGAGCUUAAAUGAACAAAAUGUAUUCCUAAUAUAUUACUUACAACGUUGUGCUUGGUUGUUUCCACUCGGAACAACAAACUUUAAUGGAGGUGUGGCAUUGGGGUAUUGCAUAUAUUACAUUCAUACACAAAAAAUUAUAAUUUUAUAGAUUCCAAUAAGAAUUGUAAAUUUUCUGCAUUAUUUACCAUAAAGCUAUGUUAACAUAUGACUUUUCGGAUCUCUUAAUAUUAUUAAUGCCCUAGUGUCACACUUUCAGUUAUUUUUUUUAUUAAUAUAAUUUUUUCUUAUAUUGGUAGCAAAACUGACAUAACCAUGACGAAAACUAGAAAUUCACGUCACUUCUUAUGAUAUGUCCACAGAAAAAAAACACAUACGAUGGGAAAAAAGAGAAAGAAAAGACCUCAUGUCAAAAGAAAAAAAAGAUUGGACAAAGACGGGCACAAUUAUUUGUAUUUGAUGAUUUAGUACUCUACACCACAUACGAAAGCUAAUAAAAGUCGAUUAUGACAGCUAUUCACUAUUGUAGUUCAAUUUAUUUAUUAAAAGUUAUUUCUAUCCAUUUUUAAUAAUGAUUUUUUAAUUAUAAUGCACGGUCUCGUUGGAAAUUUUUAUCCGAGAAAAUAGCGUACGUCACUAGUUAUUCUUCGAUUUUUGUAUUUACGAAGUAUAUAAAUAUGCUUGAAUUAUUCGUAAAAAAUACGUUUUCAUUGUUAUAUUCUUAAUAACAAAGAAAAAUACGAUAUUGCUUAAAUAAGCAAUAUUAUAUUCUGUUUGCUCUCAUGCCAUCACCUGACGGGAAAAAAAUCCAACAAUUCUUAUUACAUUAUUAGUAUUUUGCUCGGAUAAGCGAAAUGACAAUAAGAAAUUAUUUGUCUUCAAAGUUUCGUGCACUAAGAAUUAUCUACAUUUAAUCAGUUAAUAAAUAAUUUAACGCAUACACGGUCUUAUAUUUUUUGGUCAUGAUAUCUGUAGAUAUUUUUCAUUAUUUUACAUUUCUUUGUUUUUUGGAAGAUUUGCUUUUCUUUUUUUUUAAAGUAAAAUUUACUUUUUGAUGUAUACAAAUAAUGCAGUAUAUUCUGCUAUAUGCCUGUAAUACAGACCAAGGUUCUAAUUAUCUCAUUUUAUUCCUUUAUAAUAAAAAAUGUUUCCAUGUCAUUCCUGGUAUUGCGUAUAUGCGAUUUUAACUAUUCUGUUCUCAUUUAAAGCAUCCUGCUUUAUACGUGUUCAUAUAAAUUUCAUUUAUGCUGCUUAAAGUGAUUUGAUUUAUAUAGAAUUAAUUAAUUUCAACUUCAUAUACUUUUGAUAAUGUGCAAAAUUUUUUAAUUUACGAUUGAUAAGGCAGUAUUGAAUUAGGAUCGAUUUCCCUAUAGAAAUUCACUUGUAUUUUCUAUGAAAUUUCAUAUCAUGACACUUUAUCGUUAAUAAAUUAUACAUUAAGACUGUGUAUGUAACGCGAAUAUAUUUUUGGUUGAGUUGAACUACAAUGUGAAUGCUUAGGUAUAUGCCGUGUAACUGUAAUGAUUAUAGUGAAUCUUGUACGUGCACGUUAAAUGAAGGUUGCCAGAAAUAUCGGAAUAAACCUUUCGGUUCUAUUGAUAUAUUAUUAUAUUAACCAUCGUAGAUACUGUCAUUUCAGUGCAGACGUGUGCAACCUUCAUAUUCGUGAUCCACACUGACUAUAUCAUUUUAGUUUUACAUUAAAUGUCUGACUACUAAUUUAUAAGAUGAGUAAGUACUAUGAAAUGCACUUUUCUGAAGCGUGAAUCAUCUCGAAAUGGCGAAAUAGGACUUAAUGGAAGGGCUUGAUCUCAUCGGCAUGUUUCAGACCAUCAGAUUCGAUCAUAAACGAGUCUCUGUCUCCCUUUCUCUACCUAAAUUACACACACACACACGCACACCCAUGCACAAACAUUCUCUCUACCUCUAUUUCCAUCUUUAUCAUAAUCUCCAACUCUAUCUCCAUCUCCAUCUCGAUCUCAAAUGCCUUCGUCUAAUUUCCUUACAUUCGAAAUCCUCUUCCAUGUCGCCAAGUAUUUUACAGGUGCGGCGUGGCAUCGGGAUCGAUUGAUUGAUCGAUCGAUUCACACGAUACGAACCUUAUGAACGAUUUUCAUGUUCUAGUAGAGAAAGAAAAAAAAAAGAUGAAAAUAGGUAAGACAGAACUGUAAAAUAUGAAUGUAAAAUGACACUGGGUGGUAAAUAAAGACUCUUUUGGUUUACGUAA